UCGGCUACAAGUCGGCGUCAUAUGUAAACCAGGCUUUACGGGCACUCCGCCUCAGACAUCAACUGAUCAACAUUACGCAAGACAUCGCAUUAAUCAAGAUUGUGAAAAUUGUGCAUUUUUUCCUUUCUGUGAAUAUCUAAGAAAAUGGUUAGAGCCAGAAAGAUCCUUAUAGCAAACCGAGGUGUAUGUGCGUCAAGAAUUGUAAAAACAUGCAAAGAGAUUGGCAUUGGCUAUACAACGAUCUUCACUGAAGAGGAUUAUCAAUCUCUUCACGUCACUCAGUCCGAAGAAAAAUAUCUUGUGACUUCUUAUAUGGACAUUGACGAGAUUAUUCGCCUAGCAAAAGAAACAUUGUGCGAUGCCAUUAUUCCUGGUUAUGGCUUUCAAGCCGAGAAUCCUACCUUCCCUCGAAAAUGCUCAGAAGCAGGCAUUAUAUUUGUUGGACCAACUGCUGAGAAUAUGCUGCAUCUUGGCUGCAAAAUCGCGGCAAAGCGAAUCGCGGAGAAGAACGAUGUCAGUCUUCCAACAGCACCUUCAUCUAGCGUAAUAAAAAAUAUCAAGGACUCUAUUUCGUGGGCGACCAUCAUUGGAUAUCCUGUUCUGCUCAAGCCAGCAAAUGGUGGCGGAGGAAUUGGAAUUAUGUUGUGUGAAAACAAAGAACAGUUGUGCAAGAAUUUCCAAAUAUGUGGCAAACUCUGCGCUAAGGUAUUUGGCAAUAGUGACAUUUACAUGGAGAAAUAUAUCCCGAAUGCGAGACAUAUUGAAGUUCAAGUGUUUGGCGAUGGCAAAGGUAACGUUAUCAACCUAGGUGAGAGAGAAUGCUCAGUUCAACGUAGAUACCAGAAGCUUAUCGAGGAGUCCCCUUCUACGGCGCUGACACAAGAACAACGAGACCAAGUUUGUGAGCUGGCAGUGCGCCUCUGCAAACUAGUGAACUACCAAUCAGUUGGGACAGUUGAGUUUAUAUUUGAUGAUGUUCAAAAACAGUUCUUUUUCCUUGAGGUCAACACUCGUCUACAGGUUGAACAUCGGGUAACAGAGCUUCGUUAUUGCAUUGACUUAGUGGAGUUAAUGAUACGACACGCGUACGAGGGAACUGAUUUAACACGGUUGUUUUUUCAACCACAAGGUCAUGCUAUUGAGUGCCGCGUUUACGCUGAAAAUGUCUUAAAGAAUUUCAUGCCGUCAACUGGUUUAAUCACCGAGAUUAGCUUUUCUGAGGAAAGUAAUGUGUCAGGUAGCCGUCUCGUAGACACAUGGGUUCAGUGUGGUUGCCUGGUAUCAUCAAAUUACGAUUCGUUGCUGGCAAAUAUCAUUCAAUUAGCACCUUCACGAGAACAAGCAAUCCAUUCAAUGCUCAAAACAUUGAACGCCACCAUUAUUGCUGGUCCUCUAAACAACCUUGACUACUUCAGAAAGUUUCUUAUGACGGAUCAAUUUGUCAAAGGAGAGACUUAUACAAAUGAACAAAAUUUGUUGACGUACAGUGUCUCGUUUGCUGAGGUUAUUGCCCCUGGGCUGUUAACCACAGUACAAGACUGGCCGGGACGGCAAGGUAAAGGGCUGUGGCGUAUUGGAGUCCCACCGAGUGGUCCAAUGGAUCAUUUAGCCAGCAGAGUGGCUAAUCGUCUUGUGAAUAAUAAAGAGACGGAUGCCGUGUUAGAAAUAACCCAAUAUGGGCCAACCUUGAAGUUUCACUUAGAUACAACUGUCGUUAUAACAGGAGCAUCGAUGGAGACUACACUCGAUGAUGAGCCAGUUAGGAUGUGGCAAAGAGUCCAGAUUAAAGCUGGAAGCAUACUAAAAAUUGGCAACCUUAGCAGUAAUCUAGGAUCGCGAGCUUACUUUGCCGUCGCCGGUGGGAUAAACGUCCCAAAGUACCUUGGGAGCCGAGCAACUUUUCCUAACGGUAAUUUUGGUGGUUAUCAGGGCAGAGCGUUAAAAGCUGGUGACAUGAUAGCGAUUGGAGUGCCUGAAAACAACGGGACUGUUGAAAGGAGCAUCAAUGGUGUUGCAGACAAACUCGACCCUUCGACUAUCACGGGAGAGUAUGGCACAAACUGGUCGAUUGGAGUUCUUCCUGGUCCGCACGACAAUCCCGAAUAUCUAACCGAUCAAGACAUGCACAUGUUUUACACCACUCAAUGGCGAGUCCACCAGAACUCUAAUCGCUUGGGAAUCAGGCUAUGUGGCCCAUCUCCGGAAUGGGCGCGACCCAAUGGCGGGGAAGGGGGUAAUCAUCCGUCAAACAUCCAUGACUGUGAAUACGCCAUCGGUACGGUCAACUUCACUGGCAAUAUGCCGAUAAUCAUUGGUCAGGAUGGGCCAAGUCUCGGGGGGUUUGUCUGUCCGUGUACCAUUGUCCAGUCAGAAUUGUGGAAAAUUGGUCAAGUCAAAGCUGGAGAUACCAUCAGUUUCUUCAAAAUGACUAUUGAAGAUGCUAUCAAAUCAAGGCGAAAGCAGAACGAGUAUAUCCGAACGUUGGAAUGGAGCCCCAAAGAACCCGACAGCUCGAAUCCGGAGUUUUUCCCUGAAACAAAGUCGGUAUUACGCACCAUUCCGGAGUCGAACACUCGGCCUCGGUUACAGAUUCGCAUGGCUGGAGAUUCUUACAUCUUAAUCGAAUAUGGUCCAAUGGUUCUCGAUCUUAAUCUCCGGUUUCGCGUCCAUAUCCUGGAGCAAAAACUCCUAAGAAGCAAUAUCGAUGGAUUAGAAGAAUCCGCUCCAGGUGUGCGAUCUCUUCAGCUGCGCUACAACCCUCUGGUUCUGUCCCUGUUGACAUUAAUCGAGAUAGUCACGAAAGUGGAUAACGAGAUCACGGACAUCUCUGAUCAGAAAAUUCCGACGCGAAUUUUAAACUUACCAAUGUGCUUCAACUACAGCGGUGUUAACGAGGCUAUCGAGAAGUACAUGAAAUCAGUGCGGGCUCAUGCACCGUACCUCCCGUCGAACAUCGAGUACAUUUUCAAAAACAACGGCCUACAAGGAGUCGAAGACGUCAUGGAGAGGGUAUUUUCUGCGUCCUACAUGUGCAUCGGUCUUGGAGAUGUCUACCUGGGAGCCUGCUGUGCUGUUCCUGUUAACCCUCUCCAUCGCUUGAUUACCUCAAAAUACAAUCCGGCCCGAACGUACACCCAAGAAGGCACGGUGGGGCUAGGAGGAUCCUACAUGUGUAUCUACCCAAUGAAUAGUCCUGGUGGUUAUCAGCUCAUUGGUCGCACUUUACCAAUUUGGAAUACGUUUGGAAACAGCAAUCCGAAACUGUUCAGAAAGGAGAAACCGUGGAUGCUGCAGAUGUUUGAUCAGAUUCGUUUCUUUCCUGUUUCGGAGGGAGAGUUGGAUGUCAUGCGAUCAAACUUCAAGAGUGGCGCACUGGAGCUUGAGGUAGAGAACGAGAUGUUUGAUAUCGCCGAGUACAACAGCUUUGUCCAUGGACUGUCCAAAGAAAUCGAGUGCUAUCGUGCUGCCCAAAAAGAAGCGGUGAAUACAAUGCUAAAAGAGGAAGAGAAGAGCCUAAAGCUUCUUGGACCAGAUGAUGAAUGGGACAGAGAUCUGAUAACAACACAAAAUGGCAGCUCUCAAUCUGAAAUCAGUCUACCGAAAGGCACUGUCGGUAUAUUCGCUCCAGUGACUGGUAAAAUAUGGGAAAUUGCUUUAUCUGAACCUGGAGAAGCUGUGUUGGAAUGUCAAGUAGUAGCCACUGUUGAAGCAAUGAAAAUGGAGUGUCCGUGUUAUUCCCCUGUUUCAGGAACUGUUCGUCAAAUUUUAACUGCUGUCAGACAACUUGUCAAUCAAGGUGAUUUGAUCAUGAUUAUCGAUCCAAUUGCAAAUGAAAAUUGCGGUUUCGAAGCAUGACUUUAUAUAAUUUACGAAACGAAAUAUUAGGCAUAUAUUAAUAGUAGGAUAUCUAUAAAACGAAACUAAAGUGAACAAAUAUCCAGAAAAAAAUAAAUAUAGAAGUAUUUGAUUGUACCUAUUUAGCUGUAUGCACAAUUAGGGUCAUUAAAGACGUUAUAAGUUUGCAUGAUUUAGGGAAAGAU